AAAAAUGACUAUAAAAUGGCGACAGAAAUACAAAAACAGAAAAGAUAUGCAACAACGACAGCAGCAACAACAAUGUCAAAUGGAGCCAAACGCAGUAGUGGCAGCAUCAACGACAACAAUACCAAUAACAACAACAACAACAAAAGCAAUAAGCCUCAAUAACUAUCAAAAUAACAAUAUAAACCAGAGCAGCUGCAACAGCAGCAGCAACAACAACCCGAACAAAAAGAAUGUGCAAGACGAUGUGGCAAACAUGAGCAAUUUAACUAAUGGUUUUAAAGUGCAGCAAAAACAAAGACAACAAGAGCUGCAACAACAAAUAAACUUUAAUAACAAUUGUUUUACGAAAACAACUCCAACUACUUCCACUUGCAACACAACUACAACUCACACAACUGCAAUAACUACAGACACAUAUGUUGGCAUGAGAUGUAGCAACAAAACAAUAGAACAACACAAACUACAACAACAUAAUGUUAGUGAAAAACAAAAACAAAUAGAGAAGCUACAGCUCAAGGAAACCGAAAAGUUGCAACCAGAUUUAACAUUGAGACAAUGUGCCCCAUCAAUGGAUGUGAUAGAAAAUGCAAUAACAUUAAAAUGGCGCCACAAACAACUGCAGCAACAAAAGCAAUACACAUACAGUAGUAACAACAACAUUAACGACAACAAUUGUUUGCAUAAACCAAGUUGGUAUGCCACCACCAUCAGUCCUACACUACCAGCUACACCAACGACGACCAUUGACACUUUAUUAACUCCCUUAAAUACUGCCACAAAUGCACUACAAACCAAACAAACAACAGCAGCAACAACUACAACAAAAACAAUAAUGGAUUGUGAUAUUCAACGAAAAUCGAGAGUUAUCGUUGAUUCUUUGCAUAUGAAAUCAACACUUGCCACAAACAUUGCCACAACAAUGAUGACACACCACAAACUGCCAACAUUUUUUAUUAUAUUCAUUUGUUUGCUUGCCACAACAACAGCAGCAAAAUCAUCAUCGUCAUCAUCAGCACCAUCAUUGUCGUCCUUUUCAUCACUUGCGGCUCUUAAUAACUCCUCAAUACAGCCGCAAGAAUCACCUGUAGUAGCUGCUGUGUCAUCAUCAUCAGCGUCGUCAUCAUCAUCCUCAUCGUUAACGCCUGACCUCACUGCCAAAUCACUACCCAUGUUGGCCUCUACCAUUCCACAGUGUUCCCUUUCCGAAUACAGCUGUACAAAUGGUCGCUGUGUGCCUCUAAGUAAAUAUUGUAACAAUAUCAAUGACUGUGGCGACGGCAGUGAUGAACCACGAUUUUGUACACGUUGUAAUCGUACUUAUUAUGGUGAUAUUGGUUUAACUUAUUCCUUGGAGUUGCAUCGUCCCAAACAGGAUCGCCUGCCUUAUGUGUGUGUUUUAACAUUUACUGCUGCGGGAGGUCAACAUGGUGAUGUUGUACAGGUAACUUUGGAUAGUUUUACUAUAGGACGUUUUACCUCAUAUACACAAGAUGGUUGCCCGGAUGGUUAUAUGCAAAUAGCUGAAUCAGCCCGUACACCCAUUGGCGGCAUGUGGUGUGGCACCUCAUGGGGACCAGUUUUAUUUUAUAGUGAAUCUCGUUCUUUGAUAUUUACCAUUAAAUUAAAUAAAUUAGCACGUGAUCAAAGCGGUUAUAAUUUUGAUUUUCGUAUACGAUAUAAAGUUUUAUCCCGUGAUAGUUCUGUUACACGUUAUGGUGGUAUUAAAGUUGAAGAUCUCCAGCAGUGGCAUAAUCGCAGCAGUUUCUUGCAUCAAAAUGCUGUAGACGAUUUCACCAAUACAAGUGGGGUGCACUCGGAUCGUUAUGGUCAGGAUUUUAGUUUAUUUAGUGCUUAUGCCAAUAAUAAAACUUUUUUAAGUUCUCUCAAUAACCAAAUGACAAAGGAUGAACAUAAUUACACCGAACCCAAAUACUAUUUAGGUGAUUUAAUACCCGGUACCUAUUGUUCCCGCAUAUUUAGUGACUGUGAUAAGAAAGCCUGUCGUUUGCAAUCACCAAAUUAUCCUGGUAUAUAUCCAAGAAAUUUAACCUGUUACUAUGCCGUAAGACAGCACGAUGUACCCCAUGGUAAACAUGCGUUAAUUUUAGUCAAACAACCCAAAGGUAAUCUGGUAUGGAUUUCAACACAGGACACAACCAAUGUUAAGGUGGCACCCAGCACCAAUGAAAAGGAUAAGAAAUUUGAGCCCAGAUUGAAGACCUGGUCGGACUGUGAUCACAUACAGGAAACAUCAAACUAUAGAAGGAAAUCGACGGACUACGUGACCGUAUAUGAUGGUUAUACAACGCGUGAUCCAAUUGUAUUGAAAUUCUGUGGUGGUGGUCAAGCUGUGCCCGCAGCAGUCUCUAGUGGGCCCGAAUUAUUGGUAGAGUUUACUACAUCACCAUAUGGUACAUUUACAGGAAGUUCAUCGCAAGUAUUGCCUUUGUAUGGUUUUCAGUUGGAGGUUGAGGUAAUAUUUGUGGAUAUACAAUCACCCACCUAUUCAAAAAAUAAGAAACCAUGUGAGUUUUGGAUUAGAGGUUCCGGACGUGGUAUCUUAGAGAAUCCCAAACAUUCUUUGGCUCCCAAUACCACCUGUUUGUAUCAUUUACAAGGUGUGGGUAUUUUUAAGACUUUCGAUCAUUUAAGUCUUUCACGUCGUACUAAUGCCCAGGGUCUACAUCAUCCGCCCUCCCGAUUUAAGGUGUGGAUUUCUAUGUUGAAAUUUAAUUUAGAUCCAGAAUUUGGUAAUAUCGAUGAAACGUCAGUGGGUGCUAUUGGUGUGCUGCAGACUCAAGAGGAUUGCAGUGGUAUGCUGCGCAUAUGGGAUGGUUCGAUGAGAGAGCCUCCCAUAUGCAAGGAUUUGAAUUGCAUGACCGAAACAAAUCAGGUUCACCCCUCUCUACAACAAUAUUCCCACAAUACCACCAAUGUUAUAGCAAGAUAUUGUCGCGGUACAGUGCCUCGAACCUGUGACCGAGCAAAUAUAAAUGAAACUUAUGCCCGACCUUGUACAGUUUCCGAGAGUUAUGUCUCAAGUGGAGAUUCUAUAACUUUAGAAUUGAAAAACACCGAAUCAACAGUGUUAAGACCCCUAGAAUUUAAACUGAAAUACGAAUUCAUCGAUCUGCAUCAGGAUGGCUUGCCCAUGGGUGGCGGAGAACUCGAUUGCAAUCGUAAAUUCGUUAGUAAUCUAAUGGAUCGCAAAGAUCCUGCGAUUUUUCGCAGUGUACGCAAUAUAUUUCUAUUUGGUCGUGGUGGUACACGAAAUCUUAAGUGCGUCUAUAAAUUUGAGGGCAUGAGAAGUGAAAGAGUUCGCAUAAAAUUACGCAAAGUAACCACCAUGAAUAGGCAUUGUAUGUCACGUGUGGAUGAGGAUAUAAAUAGGUCAUUCUGUUAUGGUGAUACCAGUGUUAAGGUUGAGAUAUUUGAACGUCCGUAUCAUGACACAAUAUUAUUGCCACGCGGUUGCCUUUGUAAUUCAUCGAACUCAUCACAUUUACCAGUUGAAUACACAUCGACAAGUAAUGACGUUGAAGUUCAUUUUACUGCCUACAAUAUGACAACGUUGGAUGAUCCAGAUGCUUUGAAUUUUGAGGGAAUGUUUGAGUUUAUCAAAGGACCAUCGAAUUGUAAAGAUGGUCGUAGGAAAUUUGGUCCCAGCGGCACCAUCGAUAUGACAUUCGGAGAUAUGGAAUGUCGCACCCGCCCUUGGCUUAUUGAACCAUCGAAUGGUAAUAAAUUCUUGUACAUACGUUUGAAAGCAAUUUUCCUGCGUAAAUACAAUCCCAAAAAGGCCAUGAACACUACCAUAGUGGGUACAAGUUCAUAUCGUUGUGAGACUAAGGCCAGAGCUGUACUAACUACGGCGGAAGGUUUAACAAUCACAGCAUGCCCACUGGCACCUGAUUCAAAAGCCUAUGAAUAUGUGGAGAUUUUCAGUGCUGGCUGGAAUGAGCGUCCUAAUUUUGCCAUUGCAAAUCGUUCAAAAGCCAUUAGUGUAGAGUUCCUAAGACCAGAGAAUGGUGACUUUUCAUUUAAUUGGAUGGAAUUGAUACCAGGACCAACACUCAGUAUAGCAGAAGAAUGCCAGUAUAAAUGCUCUGAGUUGAAUGCCUGUGUUAAUGUUAGUGUUUGGUGUGAUGGCAUACAACAUUGUCCCUCAGGUGAUGAUGAAACUUUCCUGCAAUGCUCGGCCAUUAUGAAAUUACCUACUGAAAUUUUGGCAACAUUGUGUUUGAUUAUUGUACUCUUCUGUUGUGCAUUUGCAGCGUUUGCCUAUAAAAAAAUCAAAAGAAAAUUAAGAGGCUCAUCAGUUUUGCAGACACGUUUAAAAUCCUUAAGCUCCAUGGAUACAGCCGUUUUGGAUGAAAAAGAAGUGAUUUGCUGACAAAGCGACAAUUCUGUGCGAUAUGUUGAAAUAGAUCGGGUCACUACAGUCUGACCACAUUCUAUGGAAACACUUGAAAAAAUAUCGCACAGAAUUGUGCCUCUUGCUUGUAGACUGUUAUAAACUAAAACACUAAAAAUUAAAAAAAAAGGAAAUACUUACUACUAAAAAUACUACUAAUUAAUACUAAAUAAUAAUAAUAAUAAUACAAAAGUAACUAUAUAUUAUAAUUACCAUUAAACAAAGACAUACAUACAUAAAGACACAAUUAAUUAAUUAAAAAUCUAACAAGACAAAACAAAACUAAUUAAUUAAGUACAGAUACUUAAUACCAAAAAUUGAUUUAAAACAGACAACACUUGUUUUUAUGGCAACUUUUUAAUAAGAAAAGAAGAAAAAAAGUAUAAAUUAUUCAAAUGAUUUAAGCUAAAGUAUGAAGAAAAAAAAACUCAAACUCAAUCAAAAACCAAUAAACACUUUGUUAAAUCUCACACAUAUUUUCUACGUAAAUGAUAAAAAAAAUAUAUAUAUAUAUUUAAAAAAAUCAUACAUAUUAAUUUGUGAAUAGUUAAGUCUUUAUCUUUAAUUAAGUAGUAACAGUUUUUUAAUUAAUUCUUUUGCUCCUUUUAAAGGUUUUAUUUAUUUGGGUUUUUUUCCAAAAAGAAAAGUAUUAAUUGAUAGACUAGACCAAAGGAAAAGAACUAUAAAGAUUGUGGGUAACUUCUGGCCAUUAAUUAGUUAUAAACUAAUGUAUUUUAAUUGAAAUAAAAGAGAUGAGAUUUAAAAAAUGUUAAUAUUGAAAUCGGAAAGCUUCGGCUGUAAUAAAAGCCAAAUGUUUUACGAAGAAUGAUCCUCAAAGACUGCACUUUAAGUCAUUCGGCAGAAUGCCUUGAACAUCGCUUUAAUAAGUCCCCAUUAAUGAACUAGAUCGAGAAAUAAAAAUUGGCUUAAUAAUUAACAAACCACCGAAAAGUUAACAAGAUCCACAAAAAGCUAUUCAGCUAGGAGACGUCUAAUGAUCGUAUCCUUUAAUAUAUGAAAGCCUCCUUAAGAUUAAAUGGUGUUAUGAGUUUGUUUAAGUAAGUUUGGGUUACAAAGAAGAUGCAUACUACAUAAGAUACAAAAAUUCUCUACAUUAAAUGGACAAUUUUCUUUAGAGGGUUCAGUUUCAGAAACUCGUUUUUCAGGGCAUAGUUCCUAAGAAAUUUGUAUAUAAUUUAGACGACAAUAACAAAGAAGUUGUUACAGAAUUUCAAUGUUAUCUCCACUCCUCAUUCUCGUUCAAUUAAUCCAACAUGUUAUACUCGGACUUACUUAUUCUAAGGAGUAAACUUUGGUGCAGGAAGCUCCUGCUCAUGUAUACAGGAUAAUAAUUCGUUGGGUUACAAAGAAGAUGCACACUACAUAAGAUCCAAAAAUUCUCUACAUUAAAUGGACAAUUUUCUUUAAAGGAUUCAGUUUCAGGAAAUCGUUUUUCAGGGCGUAGUUCCUAUGAAAUUUCUAUAAAAUUUAGAUGACAAUGACAAUGAAGUUGUUACAGAACUUCAAUGUCAUCUCCACUCCGCAUUUUCGUUCAAUUAGUCUAUCAUGUUAUACUCGGACUUACUUAUUCUAAGAAGUAAACUUUGGUAUAGGAUGCUUCUGCAUACAAUGUUCUCUACGUUACAUGGAUAAUAAUUCGAGUUAAUACUGACAAUCAUACAGAAAGUGUCCUCUCCAGAUGCUCUACAUUUUUCAGUAUCUGCUCUUUAAAUUAGUCGAAUCAGAAAUCGUAGCGUCUUGAUAUCCUUAGACUACAUAUUCUCAAGAGUCUUUCUCUCACUUGUGUCAACCAACUGAAUCUUGUUACAGAAUUUCAAUGUCAUCUCCACUCCGCAUUCUCGGACUUACUUAUUCUAAGAAGUAAACUUUGGUGUAGGAUGCUCCUGCAUACAUGUUCUCUACGUUACAUGGAUAAUAAUUCGAGUUAAUACUGACAAUCAUAUAUAAAGUGUCCUCUCCAGAUGCUCUACAUUCGUCAAUAUCUACUCAUUCACUUAUCCUCAGGAGUCUUUCUCCUACUUGUGUCAACCAACAGAAUCUUUUUACAGAACUUCAAUGUUAUCUCCACUCCUAAUACUCGUUCAAUAAGUCCGUCAUGUUAUACUCGGACUUACUUAUUCUAAGAAGUAAACUUUGGUGUAGUAUGCUCCUGCAUACAUGUUCUCUACGUUACAUGGAUAAUAAUUCGAGUUAAUACUGACAAUCAUAUAGAAAGUGUCCUCUCCAGAUGCUCUACAUUCGUCAGUAUCUACUCAUUCAAUUAGUCCAAUCAGAAAACUUAGCGUCUUGAUAUCCUUAGACUACUUAUUCUCAGGAGUCUUUCUCCCACUUGUGUCAACCAACAGAAUCUUGUUACAGAACUUCAAUGUCAUCUCCACUCCGCAUUCUCGGACGUACUUAUUCUAAGAAGUAAACUUUGGUGUAGUAUGCUCCUGCAUACAUGUUCUCUACAUUACAUGGAUAAUAAUUCGAGUUAAAACUGACAAUCAUAUAGAAAAUGUCCUCUCCAGAUGCUCUACAAUCGUCAGUAUCUACUCAUUCAAUUAGUCCAAUCAGAAAUCGUAACGUCUUGAUAUCAUUGGACUACAUAUUCUCAGGAGUAUUUCUCCCACUUGUGUGUCAACCAACAUAUUCUUAAUGACUCUAUCUACUGUUCUAGUAUUCUAAGAGGACCUGUUGAAUCAACUCGCCCAUGAUUUUAGCUUCGCUCCCGUGUGCUUUCGUCGAGUCAAACAGUUUAGCAUUAAUCGUUUAAACUUCCUCAAAUUACCGUUAUUACAUAUGAAUUUGCUCUUUUAGGCUACCCGGGGAUAAUCGGGUAAUGCCGGUCCAAUGAAUUGGAAAAUAUAGACCAAGGGAAAAAUCUUUGAAUUAGAAUAGAUACUAAUUAAAUCCGAGAGUUAAGUGAUCGGCUGUACAGAUCGAAAUUUAACGAAAAAUUUCACAUCAUACUCCUUCAAAGUUAUAUGAACUACUUCCGCAAACUGUUCCCUCCUUUUGACAACUAACAAUACAUUCAGAGCAUCAACAUAUUAACAAAGAAAUUGCUAGUGAAAUUCCGUCAAAAGACAGUUGAUCCGAUGAUAUUAGUAGAUAACAAUCCAAUCCCUAACUUGUAACCACUAACUAAUAGCGAUUGAAUAUCGAUAAUGCGGCAUAGAUGCCAGAAAUUAUAAGAAAGAAGAAUUCGACUUCGAAAAGGCCUGGAGGUACCAAAUAUGAAUGCGAAGAUGGGCAGUAUUGGUAGAAAUUCGAAACUGAUCUGAUAGUCUGAGAUUUAGACUGUAAUAAAGUCUCUAAAUAGAUUUCACGAAGACGAUAUGACAGAUAGCAAUGGCUGAAGUCGCUGAAAUGAACUUCGGAAAGAUCACCAAACAUGAAAUCCUAGUUGAAUUGUAUCAAUCAAAAUAGGAAACCGCUUUCCCAUGAUCGAAUUUGGAAGCAAAUUUUUUAAACAUUAUUUUACUCUAAUAUUCAAAUUGCUAUAAUGUCUCUAAAAUCGACCGGUGAAGACAAUCGAUAGAGAUCACGGAUAUGAAUGUUUGAAUGGUAUGUAUAGAUCGGAACUUGAAGCCAGAUAUGUUCAAGGUUCAAGCUUAGUUUGGUGAUUAUAUUAAAGAGCAGUUAGUACUAUAUACAUAUAAACUUAUUUUAAAAGAUUUCAAUGUUUUUAUUAAGGAUAUAUAUGGUAACAGAUAUUCACAUCGGAUUUACUAAGUAGAUAUCUCCAAGAAAAUAUUCUCAAAAAGCUUUCUAACCAGUUUCUUUCUUAAUCUCAUCUCUAACUAUUUCAUAACUCUUUAACUAAUCAAAACUAUAAAAUUAACAAACAUAUAUCUAACAAACUAUUAUUUGAAAGAAACUAAAACAAAAAAUUAAAAAAAAAUUUAGUGAGUUAAUUAAAAAUAAUUUUCCAGCAUUCAUUAUGCGACGCACAAAUAUAAAAUCAUUUAUGAUAAAAAAAUAAAACAAAAGCAAAAAAAAUAUAAUAUUUAAUUAUUAUGAAAUUUAAAAUUAAGGAUAAAUACAUACAUACGUACACACACACUCAUCUACGUACGUGCGUGUCUGUGUGUUCUGUAAAUGUAGAUUUUUAAGUAGUAAAUCAUAAUUAUAGUAUUUAAGUAAAUAAGUUAAACUAUAUUUAAUUAUAAACCAAUAUUUCAAUUACGAAAUGCAACCAAUAGCAGAACAUGUGUAUAUGCUUCAUACAUACAUAGAAAAAUUACAAGUAACCCAAUUGACCAAACAGAGAAAUCAGAAGUCAAGAAAAUGUAUUUUUUGGUAUAUGUCCACAGUUAAGUGCAGUCUGAAUUUUUUCCCAUAGCAAUUAAAGUGACAAAAUCUCAGUAGUUAUCUGAUAAAUCGUCAAGAAUUAGCGGCAGUAGGAAUUUAAAAAGCAUGUCCCCAAGAGCAGGACAGUGACAAAAAAGAAAUUUAAUUGAUUCCCCUUCGUCUUGGCAUCUUCCAGGCUAUGACACAAGCUAGUUCUUUUCUCCAUCUUGUCUGAGAGAGUUCAUAGAACCUGUUGUCUAUGUGUGAGCAAACACUUUAAGCGGACUUUGGCAAAUGUUGUCUAUGUCCAUAUUGGAGGAUAUUUAAGCUCCUGUUUUCACUAAUAUAACUAAUCUUGAUGUAGUACAUACACCGGUAAGGGAUUUGUUUACAGCUGGACCAUCGUUAAAGUCAUUUAAAGUCGAUAUUCCAGUAUAAAGCGGAUUGCAGUCAUACUGGGGCGCUCUCGCUGUCCGUUUAAAAGAAAAUACUGCGUGGAGAACAACGUUCUUAGAGUCCCGAGUUUUCCGAGUUAGUAAAACUGAAAUUUGUCUGGAAAAAGGUUCGUUGUUACCUAGGAGACUCGAUAUCUACAGAUCUAAGUGAUCAUACACAAGGACUGAAGUUGCGUUAGCAGGUUGUCCACCAGCUUACAUCACUACGAUCACACUUGACUUCCUUUCACUUUGAAAAGUCAAAGGAUCCUGCGUAUAAGUUAGUACACUUCGACCUUAUUACUCCCGAUAUAAUCCUAUCUAUUUUGUCUUUCGGAUAAUCCUAUGUUCCGGGUGACAUCCUCUUUUUUUUCAUUAUAACAGAGAAGAACCUAUCUUCUAAUGCAAUUGUGUUCCAUAGCUAAGCUUUCGGAUGGUAUAACAAGACUUGGGAUCUUAAUAGGUUGGAUAUCGUCCCCACGAUCUUCGCCAUUCUACAGGUAGCCGAGGUUUAUUAUCAGACCUGGGCGAUUUCCAUUAAUUUUGCAUUAACA